AUGGCUUCCUCCUCCUCGUCUCGCCAACAAAUUGUAGAAUAUGAACAACAAAAGCAAAGAUCGAUUGCAGAUCCUAAACUAUAUGAUGCAUUCAUCAGCCACCGAGGCCCUGACGUCAAACACACCCUUGCUAAACAAUUAUAUGACCUUCUUAAGGCCAGAAAGUGCCGGGCAUUUCUAUACCGUGAAGAGAUAGAAGGGGGAGAUUCUAUUCCUGCUGCCAUUCACAAUGCAAUAUGCUCAUCUGUGGUUCAAAUAGCCAUCUUUUCAAGAAGAUAUGCAGAAUCAUCGUGGUGUUUGGACGAGCUGGUUCUUAUGUUAGAACAAACUGAUGCCCUCUUUAUUCCUGUCUUCUACGAUGUGCAGCCCUGGGAGCUAGGCGACAUCGAGAACGAGCAGUCACAGUACUCUGCGGCUUUUUCUGAUUAUCAAAGGAAAGGGAGGAAUCUUCAUAAGCUUGAGCAAUGGAAAACUUCCCUUGAAUCUGCUUCAAAGAAACCUAGUUAUGAAAAAAGCGAACAUGAAGAGAUGCCUUUAAUUUAUAAGAGAUUCUCCGAUCUGGUUUUCAGCAAUUUGGGUGAAGAGAUUGUAUCCCGUGUCCUGCAAGAAAUGAAAAAGAGGACCCCGUUACAUGUUGGGAAAUAUCCAGUUGGACUUCCUGAACUCGUCCAAGAUUUCGAAAGGUCUUGUUCAAUGACAGCGAGGGGCAAGGUCACGAUAGUAGGGAUCUUUGGUCUAGGUGGGGCUGGCAAGACCACCCUAGCAAAAGAAUUGCUUAACAUUAAGUGUUCUGGCUACAAUGCAUCAUGUUUUCUCUCCGAUGUGAGAGAAUCACAUGCCAGACGUGAUUUGCAUACCUUGCAAAGUAAGUUAUUCAAAAAUCUGUUUCAUGAAGAUCGAAAGUUUGGCCAUGCUGCUGAGGGAAUAGGACAACUGGAGCAUCAUCUGGGAAGGGCAAAGCAUUGGCAUUUUCUUAUUGUCCUCGAUGAUAUCAAUCAUCGGGAACAGCUAGAUUUCCUUUUACCUGAAGCUAUGCUAGGCCCUGGUAGCCUUGUAAUUAUGACAACCCGUGACCAAAGCGUGUUAGCGGGUGCAGAUAUCCAUUAUAGGGUGAAAGAAAUGAAUUGGGAUAAUGCUAAAACUCUUUUCUGUAACCAUGCAUUUUGUGGACGGGAUCCACCCACCGCAUUUGAGAAAUUGGUUGAAAGCUUCGUGGGAUUUUGUGGAGGUUUACCUCUCUCACUGAAAGUUCUGGGUGCCCAUCUUUAUGGUAGAAAUGAGGAUUAUUGGGAGUUAGAAUUUCAAAAGGUCAAGAAUAUCCAGCCCAGGGAUAUAAUGAAAAGUCUUAAAAUCAGCUUUUAUGGUCUGGACAGUCAGGAGAAACAGAUAUUUAUAGAUAUUGCUUGUUACUUCAAUAAACAGUCAAUAUAUCUUGUCAAAAAUGUGGCUAUGUCAAUCUGGGAAGCAUCCGGUUGGAGCGCUGAACUUGCAGUUCAAACCCUGCAAGAUAAGUGCCUAGUGGAAUUUGAUAUCAACGAUGAGUUUCAAAUGCAUGAUCAGCUCCGUGAUCUGGGAAGACAAUUGGCAGACGACUUGAUUCCUCCUCGGAUGUGGAAACCAGUGCUUCUUAGAUCUAUGGUGUGCUUCUUCUAA